AAUAACUAGUUCACAUACGAGUCUCCCGACCCAUCUCGAGGUGAGAUAGUGAGCAAGACGAUGAGUCUGGUGCUGUGUGAGUUAUCUCAGCUGGUAACGGGAUUCACCUACUGCUACGAGAACGAGAUGAGUCAUUGGUGUAAUAAAUCCCCUCCAGUACUAAACGAGCUCGGCCCGGCAUUCAAGAGGGUUUAUAAUUUACUACAGAGUUUUGUCAAGUUAAUAAAGGAUUUUGAAUCCAUAAGAGACUCCUAUACACAUCUUAGUCGAGACACCAAAAUCAAUAUACAGAGAUCUGUCAAGACCAAGAAAGCUAGUCUAGGCAAGUAUAGUUUUCUCUGUAGUAUAAUACUUAUCAUCAGAAUGGCACUGGUGGGCACUGUCAGCUAGACUAAAAUAAAGUUA